UCUCCCGCCGCCUCUCCGCCUCGGAUCGCUCUGGCCCACGCAGGCAGCUUGAUGGCCCCCAGCCUCGCCGCCGCCGCCGCCCCCCUCCUGCUGCUCCUGCUGCUCGGCGCCCCGCCGGCUGAGCCAGCGGGGGUCUUCGAACUCCAGGUGCAUUCCUUCACCACCAGCAACCCCCAGAAGUUCUGCCAGGGGGCUCAGCCCUGCCGCCUCUUCUUCCGGGUCUGCCUCAAACACGCCCAGGCUGUGGUCUCCCCGGAGCCCCCCUGCACCUUCGGGGCAGCCCUGAGCAACAUCGUCCCCGCAGAUCGUCAUGCCGUGGCUGCCAGCGGACUCAUCCGUGUCCCCUUCCACUUCAAGUGGCCGGGCACUUUUUCCCUCAUUAUUGAAUCCUGGAGGGCUGAAUCAGGAGAGCCAUCCACAGAGGAUGCCCAGAGACUGAUCAGCCGUUUGGCAACUCGACGUCGCCUGGCGGUGGGCGAGGAGUGGUCGCAAGAUGUGCAGCUGGGUGACCAGAGUGAGCUGCGCUACUCCUACCACGUCACCUGCGAUGAGCAUUACUACGGGGAGAGCUGCUCCGAUUACUGCCGGCCGCGUGACGACACCUUCGGCCAUUACACCUGUGAUGAGUUGGGCCGCCGGAUCUGCCUGGCCGGAUGGCAGGGAGACUAUUGCUCGGAACCCAUCUGCCUGGCCGAGUGCAGCCGCAGCCACGGCUACUGCGAGAAACCCGGCGAGUGCAAGUGCCGGAUCGGCUGGCAGGGCCCCUCCUGCGACGAAUGCGUGCGCUACCCCGGCUGCCUGCACGGCUCCUGCCUGCAGCCCUGGCAGUGCAACUGCCAGGAGGGUUGGGGGGGGCUCUUCUGCAACCAGGACCUCAACUACUGCACCAACCACCACCCGUGCCAGAACGGGGCCACCUGCACCAACACGGGCCAAGGGAGUUACACCUGUACCUGCCCGCCGGGCUUUGUGGGGACCAACUGCGAGGUGGAAGUCAACGAAUGCGACAGCAGCCCUUGCAGGAAUGGAGGCAGCUGCAGUGACCUGGAGAACGACUACAAGUGCACCUGCCCGCAAGGCUUCUACGGCAAGAACUGUGAGAUCAGCGCCAUGACUUGUGCCGACGGGCCGUGUUUCAACGGUGGCACCUGCACGGAGAAACCCUCGGGGGGCUACACGUGUCGCUGCCCCCUGAACUACCACGGCUCCAACUGUGAGAAAAAGAUAGACCGCUGCAGCAACAACCCCUGUUUGAAUGGUGGCCGCUGCCUGGACCUUGGCCGGAGCAUGUUCUGCAAGUGCCGCCCGGGGUUUGCCGGCUCCCGCUGCGAACUGAACAUCGACGACUGUGCGUGCAACCCCUGUGCUAACGGGGGCACCUGUAUCGACGGCCCCAACUCCUACUCCUGCUCCUGCACCCUGGGCUAUGGGGGGAAGGACUGCAGCGUGCGCAUGGACGCCUGCAGCUCCAACCCCUGCCAGAACAGUGGCACCUGCUACACUCACUUCUCCGGCCACGUUUGCGAGUGUCCAACCGGCUUCAUGGGCUCCAGCUGCGAGUUCCGCGUCCAGCUGCCCACGCCCGUCAGCAGCCCAUGGAUGGCCGAGGGACCUUUCCCUACUGCCCUGGCCAUCUCCUUCGCCCUGGGGCUGCUGACGUUGCUACUGGCGGCCUGCGCCAUCCUGGUGGUGCUUCGGCACAUGAGGAACGGGCCUCACCCUCUGAAAAGCCGCGUCUGCAACGACCUGGUGGCCGUCAACAACUUCAGAGAUCGGGAGAACCGCCUCCUUUCACGCAGCUGCUUUAAAGUCUCCAACAAGGAGGCCCGGUUUCAUGGGGACCGCUUCAACUGCAAGAGGAAGCUCCUGGACCAGAGUUACGAGUCCAUCUGCAAGAAGCUGGACAAUAAACCGUCGGAGCCCAGCUGGCCCGUUGCUGCGGAGUGUCCGAAGGACGGUGCUUACCACCCGAUCUUCAUCAUCCCAGGCCAGGUGGAACCCUGCGUUUACGCCACGGAGGUUUAAAGAAGAUCCAGCCGAGCCUCGGAACCUGGCCUCCGUCCACGGUUUUAUUUGAAUAUUUUUCAGCUAAAAGAAUGUUUACAGAUUGCGCACACUGAAAAGACCCCUGGGGCCCCCAGCCGAUGUGCUGAUGAUUAUUUUUGAAAUCUCUAUAGUAUUAUAAGAAAGACUCCUUUUUUAAAGGAAGAUAUUUAAUAUUUAUUCUUGCUGCUAUUUUUAUAGUUAUUGUUAAUAUUAUUAUUAUUAUUAUUAUUGGCAUCGAGAACAAGAGAUGGAAAAGUUGGAUCUGAAUGGAAAUGACCAAGAGAUUGGGAGGAAAAAAUGCAAAUGGAAAGCCGGGUUUCAAAGAAAUUUGUCUUUUUUGGGGGGGGGGGAGCAAAAGAAGAGAAGAUGAUUUGGGGGGAAAAAAGGAAGAUGGAAAAGAAAGAAAACUGCACAAGGAUUAUCUGAAUGGGGAUAAAAGGCAGGCCCUUUCCCUACAUAAGUGCUGGAACUGAAGUCAUUUUUUGUGGAAACCCCCCCCCCCCCCCCCCCGGUGUCAGUUUGGUGGGAUUUUUCCUGGGAAAAAAAAAACAAACGUUGCCCGGGAUAGGAAGCUGUAAGUGUUGGCAUUAGAUUCCUGCUCUGCUUUUCAUCCAAAUCCUCCGAUAUUAAGCAGAAAAGUUUGGUUUGGUAGCCAAGAAAUCUGCAGCACCAGCUCAGGAAUACUCGGCAUCAGGAAUGAAAGCAAUUUACAAUCGACUGACAACGAUUCAUUUAGUGACCGUUUGCCGUUACAAGGGCACGGGAAAAAGUGACUUAUGACCGUUUUUCACACUUACAACCACUGCAGCAUCCCCCCCGUGUCCGUCGGAUCAAAGUUCAGAUGCUUGGCAACUGACUCACACUUAACGACGGUCGCAAUGUCCUGGGGUCACGUGAUCUUCCUUUUGUGACCUUCUGAUCAGCAAAGUCAAUGGGGAAGCCUGAUUCACUUAACAACCGUGUGACUAACUUAACAACUGCAGGGAUUCCCUUAACUGGCAAGAAAAGGUGGUGAAACGAGGCAAAAUUCAUGUAACAAAUCUCUCACUUAGCAGCAGAAAUUGUGGGCUCGAUUGUGGUCGUAAGUCGAGGACUUCCGGUAUUCACUAGGCAAGCUGGGUGGCACAGAAGUCUAAUAAAUAAAUUAAGUAAAUAAAUAUUCUUCCUUAAUGGGCCUUCUGAAAAAUGGCUUUUUCCUGGUUAUGCCACCCUUUGCCACACGAGGGCAGCACCUCAAAGCAGCAGAGAUAUUAGGGCUGUUUCCCCUCUGCAGAGACCCCCAAACCAUCAUUUCUUGUCCUGCUGGAUGACCUCUGCUUUCCCCCCCCCCUCCGAAAAGCCAGCCUGCACCCAGCCGCUCUAGACCUGCAGAAGAGUUCGGCUCAACCAAAUGUAUGUCCUGCCGCCUGGCUUGGGAUGGUCUCUAUCACCCAUUUAAUAAUUUUAAAAAAGGAUUAUAAUUUUUUCCAGAGAAGACCGAGCCACACUGGAGUAGUGACAGACAAUUUACAAGGGGGAGUAUAUGUGUAUUUCCUCCCCUCUUGUUGCAAUAGCAAUGGGUAAACAUAUUUCGGGAAGAGCUUGUGUUUGGUUCUGGUACUGGUCAAAAGUUCCUGAGCUCUGGAUAUGCUCAGAGGCACCCUGGUCCUUAAUGCUUAGCAUGCUUGCAUCUCUAGUUUGCACGUGUUUUCAGUUGCGUGAUCUCAGGGUCCGAAUUUAAUUGUGGAAAGAAAUCAAAGAAAAACAACUCAGAUUCUGCCGAUAUAGAACCUUCCACCCCUGCCUUAAGUGUUCACUGGGUGUGGAGGGUGGGAAUUUGAGCCCCAAAUGGACUUUGCAGAAUUCGUACAAAGGGCUUUGGUUUUUACCUCUAUAAAAUUUCAACAACCGCAACCAAUAGAAUCUGUGGAGGUUUACAUAAAAAAACCAGGCGCACUUUGUAAGUUGCUUGUCCCUUGUUCUAAUUUUGUUUCAACCUGUUGGGAGUUUUUGAGAAGGGACCUUACUUUUUUCUGUUCGCCAGUUAUAGAAAAGUUGAGAUAUUUGUUUUUCAAAAAGGGUGAUGAUUUUUGGGAAUGAAAACCGAAGUAUGAAGUGACAGAAUCGUAUACUUUUAAAAGCAUCGCUGUUCUCUUAAUUUAAUUUGAAUCCCAGUGGCAGCUGCCUUCUUGGUUUAUUUCAAAAGAUUUAAAUGUAGAGCCUCGGAUGGCAAAAUCAGGAAUUUUAAAAAUCCCAAGAAGGGCAGCAGUUCUUUUUAAGUUAUCUCCCCUCCCCUAUAUUUCUUCUUUUAAUUUAAAAACAAACAAGGAGUAUUGUACAGUAUACAAUAAAUAAGUAAGAAAAUCCUGCUGGAGAUAAUUAUAUUCAUAUUUAUGUUGUGCAUUGUGUAUAUUUAUGUGUCUUGUUGGUGAAUCUUUUCCCAGCUUCUGUAACUAUUCUGUGUGGUGGUGUUUUGUUUUGUUUUUAAUGUAAGGUGUUUUCUUGCAAAAGAAAGUUAUAUAAAAUAUCUAUUUUGCGGAAGAUGUAA